UUGAAUUCUGCGACGAUGACAGAAGCCGAGAGGCGUCGGGCCGCUUUUUUCAUUUCGCGAUGCCGCUGGAAGCCGGACCGGCUCGCCUGGUCCGCUCGGCCCAGAAGGACGAGCUCUACCGGGCAGCGCUGAAAAGCAGGGCCGGCGCCGUCUUGUCCGGCCUGGCGGGUGCUAAAUUUUGGCUGGGGUGGCAGAAAGAGAUCGAACUCCUCGCCGACGUCGCCUAUUUCACCCUCACUACCCUUUCAGGAUAUCAAACCCUUGGUGAAGAAUACGUCAAUGUCAUCCAAGUAGACCCAUCCAAGAGGAAAGUCCCUUCGUUGAGACGCCGGGCCGUUUUGGUCGCUCUGCACACUGUUUUGCCUUACUUGUUAGACAAGGGACUGUCCCUGUUGGAGCAGGAGCUCGAGGCGGCCUCCAGCGGGUUACAGAUUCUGCACAGCCGGAAUCUGUGCGUGUUCCAAAGUCGGGCGCUACUCCGAAGCUGGUUGCAGAAACGAGCCAGGCGAUUAACCGAGGGGCAGAGAACGUUCCUCGCUCAGGCUGUUCAUAUCGUCAAGCAAAGCAUCCCAUUGCUGCAGAGGUUGCAUUUAGCUGUCUUUUACAUGAAGGGCAUCUUCUACCAUUUCUCUAAAAGGACAACAGGGAUCACCUAUUUACGCUCUGUGGGUUCCACCGAAGACGACCAAAGCAUUCGAUCAAGUUACAGGCUGCUUGGAAUCGUUUCGUUCCUGCACCUGGGGCUGACCCUUGGCAUCUACGCGUACAACUUCCAACAUCGGCAGAGGGCACGGAAAGAAUGGAAGCUACACCGUAAUCUCUCCCAUCUGAUAAGCCAACCCGAAGAGAAGAUCCUUAGCCGCAAUUCGCGCUGCUCGCUGUGCUUAGAAGAACGCCGACAUGCUACAGCCACACCGUGUGGGCACCUCUUCUGCUGGGAGUGCAUUACUGCGUGGUGUAACACCAAGGCUGAGUGUCCUCUGUGUAGAGAUAAAUUUCAGUCCCAGAAGCUGAUCUAUCUUCGACACUUCCGGUAAAUGGAUGCAAACUGCGAAGAGACAACGAAAAUGCAAGCUUUGAACGUGUAAUGAGAUUUUUAUUUUGAUAAAUAAAUUGCCCUGAUCGAAUGGAAAGUCAAAACAUUCUGACUUUCACUGCCUCGACAAGAAGAUACAAAUCUGUAUCAGUUUAAAACAAACUGCUGCUUGUCCAGCUGUAUCUGAGAGCUUCUGAGGUGAGGAAGGAGGGUCAUCUCAAAAGCAGUUUGGAGUUCUAAAGACUUUUACCCAUCCUAGUGAAUUUCGAAUUCCGCGGUUUUCUUUUAAGCAUACCUUUGGCAUUAAUAGCAAUCUCUACCCACCCGCUUCCCAACUUACCUGACGCACAACUGCAUCACCCCACUUAUGGUGGGACUGGUUUUUAAAAUGCUCCAGAAGGAUUUAGUUAUUGUUAUUUAGUCAAUAACUAGAUUAGACCUAAUCUAGUUCUUGUGGGAUGCCGGGCUUGUAAAACAGGUUAGACGGUGCUUUGGAUUCAAUUCUAUUCAAGACUUGGCUGGUUUCAAAAUCCAGCCAAGCUUCCAUCAGCACCUCUGAAGCACCUCUUAAAGUGUCUCUUGGCAAACCUCAAAAUAGCAGAUUCAACCAGUGGUAACGAAGUUUACACGUCCGUCCGUCUUUUUUUUGGUAUUACCAACUUUUUUUAAUGCACUUUAAAGCUGGAUGGAGCUUGAGAGGGAAAUGCAAGUAUUAAGAAAGUGCAGCUCUCUAGAUACUUGUGAUAUGCUGCCCUGCACUCUAAGGAGCUAUCUUGAACAUUCAGAAGUGGUUGGAAGGCCACACCUGAUGUUGCAACACAGCCAAGCCCAAUAGAAAAACCGCACCACCUUGGUGAAUUAUGCUGGAAUGUGCUGAGCAUAUACCCAUAGAAUCAACCUAAGAUCCAUUGUGUGUUUGUCUGGUUUCAAUAGCCUUUUUCUUCCAAAAGAUCCUACUUUUAAAUGGGGGGAGGGGGCAAUGGCACUUAGUCCCUUGUCAUCAAGCUGGAAAAAAAAGACCACUUUAAAAGGAAGCAGAAUUUCCUAUUCCCACAAAGAGCGCACACGACCCCUUCCUUUAAAAAAAAAAUGGUGCAAAGGAGAAAUGGAGUUAUUUGGCACAGAAUAUUUGAGUAUGUUAUCACUCUGCCAAAUGUACUAGUCAAUAGCUAUUUGUCUUUCAAGAUAAUGUGUGUAACAAUAUGCAAAGGGCUGUUUUUAUUGAGACAGCUAAAAUACAAUAUAUGCCACAAGAUUAAAAUAUACAUAUUUUAAGAGAACAGGGCAGAGAGAAAACUUUUUAAGCAUAAUACAUAGCUCUUUACAUUUGUUUUAUAAAGAUGGCUGGACCCGAGAAUGGCAUGAGGUCUUCCUUUUAAUAAACUUUUUUUGGAAUUUAAAAAGUCACUUGAUAAAACUGUCCGUAGCUAUUUCACAUCAAAAAUGCUUGACAUGCAGGUUGUUUUAGAUUUCUCUCCAUAGAAAAUUUAAGUUUGGGUAAAAGCUCCAUAAAGUUCAGUCUGCCAGUCCAAUCUAGUUGCAUCUUGGAAAGGGCAACGAAGCAAACUUUUUUU